AUGGUAGCCAGCGAGGCCGAGGACGACGUCCAAAAGAAUUCUCCACCGGCGACGACGAAUAAUGAAGACACCGCACCAUCGAAACUAUUCUACCGGAUGGAGGUAUGGGGAUCGAUGAAACCCCUUUUUCCGCAAGGCUCAAACCUAAGCCGUUACGUAAACAGAAAAAUACCUCUCUUUCCGGAAGCGGAACAGACGGCUGAACGGCUCGCCGAAACUCCCGAGUUUAAAGAUGCGAAAAAUAUUAAAGUGAACAUCGAUAUGGCGCAGGAAUCGGUUAAGCUGCAGGUGCUGAAGGCGAACAAAACGCUGUUCGUUGCACCGUCGCAAAAGUCCGACUACCUGUACGCGAAGAUUAAGCUGCCGACCAGCCUAGAGGAGAUCCCACUGGUACAACAAAGGCGUAUCGUCAAGAUGUUGGCCGGAGAGGAAACGUACGAGGAGCUGGGCAUCGAUCAGACCGAACCACUGGACAUGGUUGUGGUCGGUUGCGUGGCUGUAUCGGAGCGUGGCCAGCGCAUCGGUAAGGGCAACGGGUACGUUGACCUAGAGAUUGGCAUACUGCACAGCCUGGGUGUGAUAACGCCGAAAACGGUAAUCGCCACCACGGUCGCAGACGAGCAGGUGUACCAAGAGCUGCCGACGGACCUGUUCCAGAACUAUGACUUCACCGUUGACCUGAUCGUAACGCCGACCCGUGUGAUCCGCGUGGAUCCGAGGCCGGAUCCGCGCGCGAUCGGCGUGCAAUGGGGUUUGCUUUCCUCCCGCCGGCUAGAAGUGGUACGGGUGCUCAAAAAGCUAAAGGAGCGACUGGAAAAGGAGGGUCAACAUAUUGAGCUGAAGGACGAAGACACGGAUGUGGAAAGCUUCGCCAAGCGGCGCACGCGCGGUAAUGGCAGUGGUGGCGGCCGUCAACAGGAUCGGCGCCGCCAGCAGUACCGUCGCCGCCGCUCGACACGCAAUAGCAACACCGACGGCCAAAAUGACACGAAGGGCGGCAACGGGGAGCAGCAGGGUGGGACCGAGAAUGGUGCCGGUUCGGGAAUGGCAUACUACAACAGCCCGCGCGGGCCAAGGCGCAUCCGUAAACCACGCGUUCCCCGACACAAAACGUCCCACAGCCCAGACGAGGAUACUUACGAAAAAUACCACAAGCUGCCGCCACAGCAGCGGAAGCGUCGCAAGCAGGGCAUUCGGGGACGUGAUGCCGAGUACAAAUACGGUCGUGGUAAAGAUGAUGAUGAGCCCAUCCCCGACAAAAACCGUUUAAAGCUAACAGCGGAGGAUGUUGAAAUGCGCAUACAGAAGCCCUUUCUGGAUGCCGUCCGCAUACGGGUCUCGAACAUGUUCUCGGUCCCAUUCAAGGAGUUUAAGGAGGAGCUGCGCAACCGGGACUGCUAUCCGGCUAAAAUUAACCAGAGCCGCAACGGCCGGUGUGUGCUAAUCUUCCCGAAGUGCGAAAACGUCGAGGAGCAGGCGCAGGCGGACGAGCUGCUGCAGAAGCUGGCCGAUAUGCGCAUCACGGUGCCGCAGAAGUACGGCACUGAGCUGAAGCAGAUCGAGCUCAAGUGCGAGCUGCAGCAGAAGCCGGCGAACGAUACGGUGUUGAAGCCGGACGAAAAGACGAAUCUGACCAAAAUCGCGUACACGGUGCAACGUGAAGCGAAGCGGGUACUUCAACGUUGCGAGAAGCUAACGACCGACACGAACGAUCCGAACGCACCGGCGGUGACGAACGUGGCGGAGCUUGUCGCUAAGAUACGGACCGCGGCACUGCUCGUGGCAGAAGCGGUCACGGCGGCCAGCAAGAACACGGACACGGUGCUGGAGCAGAUGAAACCCAUCGUCGAGGAUGAGAGUAGCAGGGAAAACACGCAGCUGUUCGAGCAUAUCAAGGUGAUGCACAUGGUAAACUCGGAUGCGCUUGCUGUGGCAGCGAAAGUGGAAGCGACGGUAGCCGCAUUAUCGCUGGAAGUACCAACCGACCCGUCGAACGUGGACGAGAAUGGAGCGGUAAAGGCGGAAGCGACCGAUGCAUCGAAGGUGGAGGAAGCAGCCGGCGCCACAGUCGCCGAACCGCUUCCAUCGAAGGAAGCGGUGACCGGUGCCACCGCCGCCGAACCGCUUCCAUCGAAGGAUGCGGUGGCCGACGCCACCGUCACCGAACCGCUUCCGUCGAAGGAAACGGUGACCGCGGUGAGCAGUGCGGUACAGGAGGCUGUCUUUGCGACGGUGGCCGUCGCGUUUGCCGUCCGCAAAUUGUACGAGAUCGCCCCACCGAAACAGAUAACCGUCGACGUGGCUACGGAGAAGAAGCUGACGCGCAUGUUCGGUGCCCAACUUCCCGAGGUGCCUUCCUAA